CUGCGCGUCUCCCCGGGCCGCUGGUGCUAAAUGCUGAGCGCCGACAGGAUGGAGGAGUUUCAGAGCGAGGAAGAGGAGCCCUGGUAUGACCAGCAGGACCUGGAGCAGGACCUGCACUUGGCCGCAGAGCUGGGGAAGACGCUGCUGGAGCGCAACAAGGAGCUGGAGGACUCCCUGCAGCAGAUGUACACCACCAACGAGGAGCAAGUGCAGGAGAUCGAGUACCUGACUAAGCAACUGGAGAUGUUGCGGCAGAUGAACGAACAGCACGCGAAAGUCUACGAGCAGCUGGACCUGACAGCACGGGACCUGGAGCUGGCUAACCAGAAACUCGUGCUGGAAAGCAAGACUUCCCAACAGAAGAUCCAGUGCUUGACAGAAACAAUCGAGGGGCUGCAGAACCAAGUGGAGGAGCUGCAGAAGCAGGUGGAGGAAAUGCGGAGCUUGGAGCAGCUCCGCAUCCGGCGGGAGAAGAGGGAGCGGCGCCGAACCAUCCACACCUUCCCCUGCCUUAAGGAGCUCUGCUCCAGCCCCAGGUAUGAGGAUGCAUUCCAGGUCCACAGCUCUUCCACAGAGUUCAACCAGAAGCCACUGGAGAGGGAGAACGAACGUCUCCAAGCCAUGGUGAACUCCCUGAGGUCCCAAGUCAACCAGGAGAAGCAGCGGAAGGAGAGGGUGGAGCGCGAGUACACCUCUGUUAUUCAGGAGUACUCGGACCUGGAGCAGCGGGUGUGCGAGAUGGAGAACUGCAAACUGCGCAUCAAGGAGCUGGAGGCAGAGCUCCUGGAGCUGCAGCAGAUGAAACAAGUCAAGAAGUAUUUGCUCAGCAGAGAGGACAACUUGUCCGAAGCCCUCCUCGAGCCGCUGAACAACGCCCCGGAGGCAGAUUACAUCGACCUCUCCGAGGAGGAGGGAGGGAAAAGCCACGGGACAUCCAUGACACCGUCCCCGAACCACCCCGUCCGGAAGAGCUGCAGCGACACGGCCCUGAACGCCAUCGUGACCAAGGACGCCGUGAGCCGGCACGAGGGCAACUACACCCUGCACGCCAACAACGUGCGCAAGAGGGGCAUGUCCAUCCUGCGGGAGGUGGACGAGCAGUACCACGCCCUGCUCGAGAAGUACGAGGAGCUCCUGAGCAAGUGCCGGCAGCACAAGGACAGCGUGCGCCACGCGGGGGUCCAGACGUCCCGGCCCAUCUCCCGCGACAGCUCCUUCAGGGACUUCCGAGGGGAGGCACACGAGCUGGAGGAGCGGAAAACCAUGGAGAAGACCAUCAGCAAACACGUGGAGGCCGUGGACAAGCGGCUGGAGCAGAGCCAGCCGGAAUACAAGGCUCUCUUUAAGGAGAUCUUCUCCCGCAUCCAGAAGACAAAAGCAGACAUCAACGCCACCAAGGUGAAAAACAAGAGCAGCAAAUGAGUCCCUGGCUCUCCGCAACUCUCCCACGUGCAAUUGCAGCAGCCACGUCUUCUCUUCAGCCCCAGGAAACGCCACGUGGCCCCUCUGCUUUGAAGGUUCGAGAGGUCUGCAAGCGAGGAAACGUCCCGGAGACUCAACUCACGUUUCUUAAGUUUGGGCUCCGGACAACUCGUUGGGACAAUUGUACAUUGUAGUUAGAGGAUUUCAGAAACCACAUGACGGAUCUCUGCAUGAGUUACUGCCGCUGCCAGACAUCACAAGAGCAAUGUAAAACACGAAAAAAGGAAAACCGGUCACCUCCUCCGCCCCUCUCCAGCUUGUCCCGCAGCCCGAUUAUCUGCAAGCAAAAGCCUGGAUGUCCUCCAGCGUCCUGCCACAGCUGGAGCACAGCGUUUCAAAGUGAAACAAAAAGCCAUCAGAACUUUAGGGGCUGCCCCAGCACAGCAGCCCAGCCCUCCACUGUGGUUUUAUGGCUAAGAACCUAUGCUUGAACCCAAGAGACUUCAGUCUCUGCCUUCCCCUCCCCCAAAGGGCACUAUGGUCUUGCAAUUUAAGCCAUUCUCUAAUCAGUCAGGUUUUUCAGCUCUUUACAAUGCAAGCUCAUUGCAACUGGAAAAACUUGAAGAGAAUCAUAAAACUGAUUGUUCCAUCUCCAUUGGCUCAGCGUUUCAGUCCCUACUCUCCAGACCUUGUAGCAUAUGGGAUCUCCUCGCUUUAAAUAUGCCCUGGUAUUUCAGCCCAGGUGAAACACCAGGCCUGGUAGGAACUUGGCAACCAGGGCUUUCCCAUAGCUAGACAAGUGCAGUGUCAGAGACACGCUUCCACCUCACGCUCUGGGUACCAGCUGUGCUCUUCAAGAGGUUGUCAUUGUCCCAUCAUAGCCAAUUCCUCGUACACAGCUUGCAUGGGCUUGCAAAACUGACUCCCAGGGACUCAAACGCAGGCUGGAGGACACAGCAUCUCCCUGGUCAGGAGCUCUGGCCCUGGCAGAUCACACACCACCCCACACUUUGCUCUGAACAUCUCCCCAGCCACAAGGACAGAUUUCAGUUUCCUGCUGAAAAUGAUCUCCCUUGGCUGAGACACUCUCCAAAGGCUGUCGCCUCUCGUGUUCCAUCUCCCUUUCCAGCACUGAAAUCUCCUCACUUUUGCUUCCACAGACAUGCAAACACACAGCCAAAAGGCCACUGCAGUCUCAGGAAUCACCAGUUUCCAGUUUUCAUGAACUAGAGUUGGCCUCAUAUGGUCAGACAUGUUUUAGGCAGAGAAGCAGCAUUUCAUUACAGCUUAGGCAACACC